AUGAGUUCUCCUUUGAAAGUUCUUUUGUUGGGUGAUAAUCCAAACAUCAUUCUGUAUGCUUCUCGUUUUUAUUUAGCCAAGAAUAUCGAAUUAUAUCAUAUUUCUUCUCAUGUUCCACAUACUAUUUUUAACGUGGAGACUAUAAACUAUGGUCCAGAUAAGAUUCAAUUUCAAAACAAUUUCCAAUCGAUUAAUGAUUUGGCAAAGGCUUAUAGCAAUACUUCUUUAUUUUUCGAUAUUAUUAUUUGUAGUGCUACUUCUUUACAAGAAAUUUCAUCUUUAGCUUCUCAAUUAAAUCCAAUGAUUAAUUUGAAUACAAAAAUCAUUUUAGAAUCUACUGGGUUCGUUCAAAUUGAACCAUUUUUCAAAUUAUCCCUAGAUUUACCUCAAGUCAAUAUUUUCUCCAUGAUUACUGAUAUUGAUUUCCGUCAAGUUGAUGCAAAUACUUUUAAACAGUUCCCUUCAAACAAUAGCUCUUUAAGUAAUCAUAUCUAUUUAGGCUGUUCUUCUACUGAUGAUAAACCUACUAACUCUGCUACUUUCCCAGUAUUAGAUACAUUCUCAAGAUUGUUUCAAAAAUUAUUUCCUCAUGAUGAAAUUGAUAUCCUAGAAAACAGUACAUCUAAAUUUUUAUCAAAACAAUGGAGUUUAGCCAUUCCAAGAAUUAGUUACGAUACUUUAUUAAUCUUACUGGAUGGUAUUGAACCACUAAAAUUGUUGGAUGAAAUCUUAGCAAAACCGUUGAUUUCAGGUCUAACCAAUGAAUUAUACGGCAUCACUAGAAAGAUGAAUAUUACUUUAGAUUCGAAACUAUCCUCCGAAGAAUCCUUAACAAGUAGUUGGAAGAGCCAAUUUACAGGUUCUAAAGCUAUUAAAUUACCACAAUUAGCUUAUCAUUUUUUCAACAAUACUGCCCCAUUGAACUUGGAUUUAUUAUUAUUACAACCAAUCCUAUUGGCUGACGAUCAUGGUGUUAAGACUCCAUAUUUAGAAUUCUUAUAUUCAAUCAUGUGCCAAUAUGAAAAGUAUAAUAAAGGUACUUCCAAAUUAUUCCAAAGAGUUAGAUCUCAAAAUAAUAAUUCAAUUGAAAUUGAAAAACUCAAUCAGUUAAAAACAGAAAACUUGAACAUUAUGAAAGAACGUGAACAUUUAAAGUCCAUUAUUAAUUCAAAUGAAAAUAAUGUAAACCAAUUAAAACUGAAGAUUGAUACAUUAAACCAACAAUUAAUUACAGCUAAGCAAGAUUUAAAUCAACAGUCUAAAAACCAUGAGGUUACAAUGAAAAAAUUACAAGAAUUGAAACAAGCUAAUCCAAAUAUGCAAACCAAUUCUGCUAGUCAAUUAGAAGCUCCAAGAACAAUCCAAUCUCAAAAACAAAUGACUAUUUCUCCUUCUAUGCAAGAAUUGGAAGAUAUUGCAGUCUAUGGUGUCAAUUUUGGUGAAUCUCCUCAAAAACCAAGUAUACCUGCCACUAAUGAUUCUUCACCUCAAGCUUUAUCAACUGAAAAUAGUGCUAAUACUACUGGUCUUCAAGAACCAACUCCACCACCUGAUGCUAGCGGUAUUUAUUCUAACUCCUCAAGUAAUGGCAGUGACAGAGCUCUUAGAGAACGUGAAAUUGAGUUAAGAAAGAAAGAAUUAGAAUUGAAGGAACGUGAAUUAGAUUUACAAAGAAGAGCUGUUCAACAACAACAAUUCCAAAAUAACAAUGGGUCCAUGAAUUCUGCUUCAAUGCAACAAAUCCAUGGUUCUGAUAAUAGAAUUCCAUCUAUGGGCCAACAGCAGCAACAACAACAACAACAGCAAAUGAAUGGUCGUGUAACUAGAGCUCAAUUCAAUGCUUCUUCACCAAAUUUGAGUACUACCAAAUUCCAAAAUAACAGUAGCCCAACCUUAUCAGCUGGCUUCAAUAAUGGCUUUAAUCAAAUGGCCAAUACUGGUGCUAAUGGCCAAUUUAAUAAUAAAUUCCAACGUACCAGUAGAAAAAAUAGAAAUAGUAAUAUGGCCAAGAUUGGUAAUGCAUCCAAUCUCAAUGCUCAAAAUAUGAGUUUCAACAAUAACAUUCCUAGUGCCGGCAACAUGAUGGGUAAUGGCAAUCGUUUGAAUUCAUUAUCUAGUAAUAUGCCUCCUCAACAAGCACAACAACAAAGGUAUAGAAAUAGCCAACCACCAGGAUUACAAGGACCAAGUAGAAUGAGUAUGGCUGGCAUUGGUAGUCAAGGUAUGCCCAAUGGCCCACAACCGGUUAGACCAAACACUAUUGGUAUGGGCAUUAAUCAAAGAAAUGGUUCUUCAGGUUCUGUGCAAAACUCUAUUCCAGGUAAUGUAAACAAUCUAAAUAUGAACAUGAACAUGAAUAACAACAAUAAUUUGAAUGUCAAUAACUUACAACAACAAGAUGGUCAACCAACAACUCCAACAAAAAAUAUUCCUGGUUUACAGAUGAAAAUGGGUGGUAAUUCCAUGAUGAAUAAUAAUAAUAAUAAUAAUAUGAACAUGGGUGCUACUUCCAAUAAUAACGAAGGUAUUCAAAACUUAAAUGCCCCAGCUACUAGCACACCUAAUGGAACUGAUGUAGAAGACCAAGCCAAUACUAGUAGUAAUGGUAUGCAAAACAUGCUAGCAAAUGGUGCUACUAGAAUUGCAUCCAGUGUUGCUACUAAUGCUGCUACAUCUGCUGGUAGUGCCAUGGGUAUGAAUAAUGGUCAAAAGCCAACCAUUUCAUUUAGUUCAAGUAACGGUAAUAUUGAUGCUGAAGUUAGUAUGAGAGACGAUGACGAUAAGAGUGAUGAUAAAGAUUCUACUAAGGAAAAGGACAAGAAGAAAAAGAAGUUCAGAUUAUUUGGGAAGAAGAACAAGAAAUAA